AUGUAUUUUGAUCUUGGAGAGCAGGAGGAAAAAUGUAUCAUCGAUGAAUUUCCUGAAGACAUGCUUGUGACUGGUAGGUCCAGUUAUUUCUUGUUGGAGCCUUGGGAUGUGAAGGCGUUGAGCCAUUCUCCUCACCUUGGUGUAACUGUGACAGUCAAAGAUCCAAACUUUGAGGUUGUGAUGUCCAAACGAUACAGUAAAUUUGGGAAAUUCACAUUCACUUCACAUGAUUCUGGCCAGCAUUACCUGUGCUUUCAAACCAACUCAACCAGGUUUUCUGUAUUUGCUGGAGAGCGGCUGAAGCUACACUUGGAUAUUCAGAUGGGUGAACACUCAAUUGACAGAAACACAGACAAAACAAAAGACAAUAUGGAAAUUCUGGAAAACAGUCUCAGUCACCUGAGAGAUCAAAUGGUGUACAUCACCAAGCAGCAGGAAUACCAGCGGGAGAAAGAAGAGACUUUUCGCCAGAUUAGUGAGGACACCAAUGGCAAAGUCUUGUGGUGGGCAGUGGUCCAGACGUCUGUCCUGCUGGCAGUGGGCUUCUGGCAGAUGAAAAAACUCAAAGAUUUCUUCAUCGCAAAGAAGCUGGUUUAA